CGACAAGCCCACCAAUGCUAUGAGCAACAAAGAUUACCGGCCUGUCGGUCUUCAUCCAGUGUACUAACGUCAGUCGCUGUCCUGGGUACUUUGAAGUCUGGGACAGUAGUAUCUUAUGCUGGACUCACCGUCUUCGAGCUCGUACGCACGCCUCGGAUCUCGUAAGAAAUAUCAUCUGCGAGGGCGUCUAUCCUGUUCUCUUCGGUAGACCAAAAGUCCCCAAGCCCCACAUCGUAGUCGUACACGAUGAUGCGGGCUCGGGGGCUAGUUUGCUGAGGAAACUCUCAGGCCAGGCAAUGGCCUUGCCUUCGUCGGAGAUAUGAGUCCACGCCUGCUGUCCCUCUUCGCGCCAACCGGGGACCAGUACGAUGCCCCUGAAGCCCUGAAGACCCUACAGUGGGAUAUGAGCCUCACGGACAGGGCUCUCGAUUCGCUUCGGGACAUUAAUGACUCGCAGUGGGAGUCCCUCGGCGAGGUCGUGGUCGGACAUGCCAGGGUCACCAUCAAAAGCUGCUCCGACGCCUGCAGCACCUUCGGGACUAAUUUGCACAAGUGGACGAAGAGGUCCACCGACGGAAAACUCUCAUGGCGCGACCGGGGCAAUAUCGGCUUCUUCAGACAGAGCCAGAUCAAGUCCAUGUCGCAGCAGCUGCAGAACUGCCAUAUCAUGUCGAUGGCCAGUACGGCCACUCUACAUAGCUCUCUGCAGAACAACGAAGCCAGUGACAGACUCGAGAAAACGUUGUCAGAAGGCCUCGACCAGGUUACAAACUCAAUAGCUGCUUUGAAUAUUCGUGCGGUCGAAACACAGGGGGCUGCGAGCGCUCCACCUCAACAAGCGGACCAGCCUCAAGAGAUCACGGUGGAAGCAGUAGCAGAUGUCCUCGCACAUAUUAGGGAGGAACGUAAGGCCCUUGAGGCUUCGCGUCAGUUUUAUGAGGACCUCCUGGAGAGAACGCGGGAGGCUGCUGCUGAGAGCCAGGCCGCGUGGCCGUGGCAGAAACACACAUGUCAAGUUCCAGUCAAUGGCAGCAACAACCGGGGACUGCAGAUGGGGGUAAAUGAGGGUACCAUGAACAACCUUCAGUUCGGAUAAGAAUGGUCCCUGUCCGGGGGACUGAGGCUGAUAUGGGAAGAAACCAGGGGUACAACUAAAGAAGUAC